CAGCUCUCUAGCUGUCAGUGUGCUCAGUUUGACGCGCAGCUGUCUAGCUGCUAGUAGGGUCCGUGCUGUGUAGGCCAGCGCGUUAGUUACAUCUUCCAGCUCUUGCUUCAAGUUUACAGGUCGUCGCCGUUAGCAUUUGCUGAAUCAUGGCUGAUAAGGUAGAAGCUGACGACUCUGUUAAGCUCGUAGCAGAUAAGAAAGGCAGCGACUGUAACACACCAGAAGAGGGAAUGGGGCAAACAUAUUCGGGUCAGUUUGACAGCAAGCAGGAUGCCGAACGUGGGGCCACUCCUAUUCCCGAGCAAGUGCCUACUAGCACAAUACGUCUGGAAGGCACAAGGUUGUUGAGCAUAAUACCUGUCAAAGUAAAGACCCGAAAAUAUCAGGAGAGCAUUGGUACCUGUAGCCCCUUCAGUCCAGAGCCUCUGGAAGACUGUAAACUGUCCACUUCCGUUUUCCCGUCGCCAGGCGGCACUGCAGCAGCUGUUGGAGGCGAGAGCAGCGGGUUUGCUUCUGCAAAAGAUGAGCAGCUUGCAGUUGCAGAGGAAACCAAAUCAAAUGACAGCUUUGUGGUGGUUAAGGAUGGAAAUGAGGAUGUAGAGAUCAAAGAGGACAAAGAAGAGAAAGAAACUGCAACACCAGGAGGUACAUCAGCUACAGAACCAAGCACGGCCACAUCACGAAAGAAGAAAGGUGGAAUCUCUGCUCUGACGUUAGCACUUCAGAUGGAGAAGGCCAAACAGGCUGCAGCACAGCAGGCUGCAGCACAGCAAGCUGCAGAAGGUGCAUCAGGAUCAGAGUUAAAGAAUGAUACUGGCAAUGAAGGUGGCACUUCUAUUCAACAAAACACUCUUCCAAGACCAGUCCGUACUUGGGGUCCAGACGGGCGCCCAAUUGUUCAAGAGAAUGACCAGGACAGCAAUUUCCGUGCUGACGAGUUGGUGACACCGCUUGUGUUCAGAUUAUGUGAAGAUGGAAGAGUUAGAUGCUUUUUUGAGGUCCCUAUGUCUCGUGAUGUCACGCCAGAUAGUGACCCUCCAAUGGGUCCAGAUGUAGAUGAGAUUCUAACAACUGAAAUACAUGAUAUGAGGCGGCAGCAAGCUCCUUGGAGGAUGGUCAUCAUAGCAUGCAGCUCCAACAGCAGCCGGAUGCCACAGGAAGCACACCUCACAGGUGCAUACUGGGUUCAGAAGGCAAGGAGAAUGGCUCAGCCACAAAAACCUCGCCGCAGUCGCAGAUAG